AUGUUCCUAGUAUUUCUAGUCUGUAUAAUUGUAUUGAUUGCGUUAUUCUUCAAGAACAGCGAUAGCACUUUCAAUUUAUGGUUUUGGUCAAAAUUCGGUGCCAACGAGGAGUUACUUUCGUGGGUAAAACGUUGGGAUUGCGCGAGUGGGAUUGGCGCCGAGCUGGUGUUACGGUUGGCCCAGCUGGAGUGCAGUAUCAUUCUAUCAGCUCGACGGAAAGAGAAGUUGGACGCAUUAAAAACAAAAUGUGAUGAGAAAUCGUCUACCAGAUCAUCAGUCGUGUUUCCAUUAGAUGUGACCAAUUUCCAACAAUUGGCUGAAGCUUGUCGGAAAGUGAGGACAUUCUUUGGAAAGGUCGACGUGAUCAUACUGUGCUGCGGCCAAUCGCAGCGUGCAGAAUGGAUAUCGAUUGAUCCAAAGGUGGAUGAAGCGUGCUUUCGAGUGAAUGCUCUUGGACCAACGGUGUUGGCAAGAGAAUAUCUCAAAACGUUGGAGCCAGAUGAAAAAGGACAUUUACCACCCACUCAUUUCGUUGUCGUGAGCAGUGUGGCCGGAGUCAUUGGGGCUAUAUUGUCGCCAUCGUAUACGGCCGCAAAACACGCCCUCAUGGGCUAUUUUCGAGUGCUCGCCUUGGAGUACACGGGCAAGGGCAUUGCUGUUUCUCUCGUGUGUCCGUCGUUGACAUUUGCUCCAAAUAACGUAUUGAAUGCGUUUUCUGGUGAUCUCGCGAAGGCAAACGGUGAAGUGGUGACCGAGGCGACCACGGCGCACAUGUCCGCAGCCCGUUGUGCUCAACUGAUCCUGCUGGCCGCUUCAAAUCGGAUUUCAGAAUGCUGGCUAAGCCAAACAGCACCGAUUUUGUUACUGUGCUACUGUAGUAUUAUCAUGCCAGGCGUCACCAACAGGAUCAUUCAAUCGAUAGGUAUCGAUCGAAUCAAAAACAUUCGAACUGGAAGCCAAAACAAUUGA